UGAAGAGGAGACGGGUAGAUAACACUGUAUUGAAAUUUGCAAACGCUGCACAUCUUUUAUGUCUCGGAAAUGAAAAAUUGUCAGAUGCAGUUAAACUAUCACCUCUUAAGAUGAAAGGAAGCAAUGCAACACCCGGAUGUGAUUUUUCAAGAGUUAGGUGUGACACAGAAGUGUAUGAGGAGGAGGAUUUUUUGUUCGGGGACGUAUUCCAAUAUGGCUUGCAAGUACUCACAGAGUAUUUAUAUAAAAAGACACUACCAGAAGACAAGCCAUAUAAUUUAUUACUUGGAAAAUUACUAGAAUUCGUAGAAGAAGAAAGAAGUAUAAAAAUUGAUCCUCAGAAAUUAAGUGAAACAGAAUUGACAAUGCUGUUGGCAAAUCAUUUGUUUGGAAAACUUGCAACAUCCUGCUGCUAUGUAGUUGACAAAUCGUAUGCAAAGGAAAGGGAAGAUCAGUGCUUUUGUGAGGAUAAAUCUUGCAAGAUGACAGGUCAAUAUGGGGAUACAAGUGUAGGAAAUGUGGAAGUUUGGCAUGGGAAUUUAGAUAUAUUCAUCAAGAACGAGUUGAUUGUGGAGCCUGUGGAAGACAAACCAGACAGCCCUGGAGGAAAAGCUGAAGAGAAAGUGAAGUCCAGUGUGCUGUCCGGAAACCCUCAGAUAAUAGCGCAAACCAUAGUUUUUUCGUUCCUUCAGAAACAUACUCAUCCAGAAAGGGAGCAUUUUUUGACACCAUGCAUCGGAGUUGGAAAUACUACAAUGUUUGUUAUGUUCUAUGAUUCUGAGCAUGAUGUUAUCUUGGAAAGUUCUCAUAUACCUUUGUUUCAGAAAACAGGUCCGAGUAAAUAUGAAUUUGAUGAUGCUGCCAUUUUGGUUUCAUGGUUCGCAGUGAAUUACAAGUUCUUGAGUUCAGGUUUAACUGAAGCAAUGAGGAAAUACAAGGGACUUUUUUUUACAGAGGCAAAAGAUAAGCUUAAUGUGUAUGAAGAGAAAUUACGACUUGGAAAUGUUAUCCGGUCCCUCCCUACACAGAUUUUAAAAAAGAAAUCUUUACAAUUCAGUUCGUUUCUAGAAGAACAGGAAAAUAAAUUGAUUGAAAUAAUUCACAGAGAAAAAAGAGAGCAAAAGGUUAUUGACAAAGAAGGAGUGGAUGACCAGUCAGAAGCAGGACCAAGCUCUACAAACUGAGGAUAUACUUGUGUCUCGCCACAUCAGGGUAGAAACACUGUUUUGCCAUGGUUGUAUGUCUGCCUGGCUGACUUUUUUGCCUCUCUCACAUUUUUGAUUUGGAAAAAAUUAAACAUUUUGUUGUUUCCCUGAAAAGUAUCAGUAUGUACAUGUAAUAGAUCAUUAUGAUCAAGCAGUAUUUGUGUUACCUUUAAUUGUCAAUGACAGGUAUUAGUGUUUGAUUACAGGUAUUAGUGUUUGAUUACAGGUAUUAGUGUUUGAUAUUUAUAUUUUGAAUCCUAGCAAGCCACAAAAAAAGAUUUUGAGUACAUGAAGUUCAGUGGUUUUUUCAUUCAAGAAAAUUUUUAACAGGUUCAAAAAGAUAAGAAAGAAAAUAAUUGUAGUUUUGUAAUCAUUAUGUAACGAAUAUAAAUUAGGCAGACUAUCCAUUAUAUGUACAAAAUCUUAUAAUGUAAGAUAAUAUUUGUAUCAAUGUGGUAUUUGUGUGCACUGAUGGUUUUAUGUACAGUUGUGAAGAUUUGAAGUGGCAAAAUUAUUUUUUUAAAUAAAAUUUUAUGUAUUCUUUCUACAUGUAGAAUGCAAAUGCCACGACAACAAUAAACCUGUAUGAAAAUUGUAAAUUUCAUAUAUUUUUAUCAAUUCCGAAAAUGUUUUGUUAUUCCAAAAGUUAGCUUUUAAUGUACCUUUAUGAAUUAAUUUGAUAUGUGAUUAAAUUUUUAAUACAGCAAAUAUGUUGUCAACUGAAGGUAUUUUAAACAGGCAUGCAUGCUGUAUCUCUUUCACUUAAAUAAAGAAAGGUAAGUCCCAGAGGAGUAUGAAA